CAGAAUGCAAUUGCUCUACCACGCACACCGGCACAGCCACGUAAACAAAGACUUCCGAUACAUGAAUAAAAUCACUGGGAUGUGACAGAUACAAGUUACAAGCAAUGUGGCGCUAUUCGGGGAAACGUCUUCUGUGAAAAACAAACACAAAAAAAAACCCGUCUUCGAUUUGACCCUCUUUAUGCCGCAGCCAAGGCCGACCAACCAUGAGCUAAAAAUCACAUGGAGGUUACCGAUUUCACCAGCAGGCUUACAAGUGGAUGAGUUUGGGAAGCUGUUAAAGUGAGAUUGCCAGUAAUUCUGUUGAAGAUGUCCAUGGUUCUGUUUGCCUCAGUGGUUCGGGUGAGAGACGGCCUCCCGCUUUCUGCAUCUACAGACUAUGAGCAGGACAGGGGAGUGCAGGAGAGUAAGAAAUACCUCAAAACACUGUCCAAAAAACUCAGCCAGCUUCCAGACAGAUGUACUCUGAAAACUGGACAAUACAACAUAAACUUCACAAGCUCUUUAGGAGUGGGGUACAUGAUGGUCUGCAUGGAGAGCUACCCCAGUGUUCUAGCAUUCAGUUUCCUGGAUGAGUUGCAGAGGGAGUUUAUUGUAUCCUACGACACGAAGCGCAUCAGCAGUGCAGUGCGACCAUACUCCUUCAUCGACUUCGAUAAUUUCAUACAGAAGACCAAACAUCGUUAUAACAGCCCACGGUCUUUAUCGACUAAGAUUAAUCUUGCUGACAUGCAAACAGAAAUCAAGCUUCGACCCCCAUACCAACUUUCCACUUCAGACCUGGGGACUGUAAAUGGGUUUGCACAUCAAUCCACAUCUAAAUACAAGGGAAUAGCUCCUAACCAAAUGCUUGAGCCAGUGACGCUGGCUGGGAUUGUCUCCUGUAUGCUCAGCCUGCUGUGUGGAAGCCUGAAUCUAAUCCGGGGCGUCCAUGCCAUUGAAAGUAUAUUGCAGAAUGAAGAUGAAGAUUGCAAUUAUGUUAUUGCUUUUUUCCUUGGAAUGGCAGCCUGCUUUUAUCAGUGUUACCUGUUUGCGUUCUGCACGAGCUGGAGGAACAUGAAAUCCUGCCUGAGUUUUGGUUUGAUCUGCCUGUGCAGCAUGUACCUGUAUGAGCUGCGAAACAUGUGGCAGCUCUUGUUUCAUGUGACAGUGGGGGCCUUCACCACGCUGCAGAUCAGGCUGAGGCAGCCCCAAGGUAAAGCCCCCGACUACAACGUCUGAAGAAGAGGCUGCUUGUAGCACCUUUCCAAAUGUCAGUGUUCACAGAAUGUGCAAACAGCUCAGGAACAGUGUGAACAGAAGGUUCUGCCAAAUGCAAUCUUUAUGCAAAGAUGGAACUUUCCUUCUGAAAUCAACGAUAACUCAAGUGACCAAAUCGAAGAGGAUGUUUAGGAGCGUAUCUGAAGAACCCGCAGCCUCUCGUCAGAGUGCAGAUUUGUCAUGUGAUUAUGCCUGAGACUGUUUUCAGUAUUUAUUAAUAUAUUCAAUAUUUCAGAAAGUGGGGAACCAGAAAAGAUACUCAUUUUUAUUUUACUUUAUUUCAGUGUUUGCUUUGAUACUGCAGUAUUAGGUUUAGUUAAAUUUUUGGCAAGGUGAAAUACAAAUAAUGUUUUAUCAUAUAACUGAAAAGAAACAAAACUGUAUAGUAACUAUACAAGUUUAGAGAAUACAAUCUGAUAACACAGGUGCAGAUUCAAAACAUGCAAAUAAAAAAAGUAGAAUACAUUGUUGUUGAGUCCAAACCGAUUGAAUGUAUCUUACUGCUUGAGGAAGAAGUUACUCCUGCCCCCACCCCACCCCCCCCUCCCAAAAAAUGCUUUUGCUGAUACAGCCCCCUUUUCUGAGAACCAGCAGAAAUGUACUUUCCUGCAUAUUGUGUAUGUUAUGUAUAGGGCUUCUGUUUUUCAGGUUUUAUUAAUUGUAUUUUUCGGUGCUUAUUUUUAGCUAUUUUCGAGUUAAAUGUAAAUCGUUUUUUUUCGGGGCUUUCGUUUUUGAUAUACUGAAUGAAAUUAGUGUUUUCGGUUACUUUUUUUUCCUGUCAAAAAAUGUAUAGUAACUCAACAGUACUUGCACACUUAAGUUGUACCCUCUUUACUUUGCUGUCUUCCACAACGAAUUCCCUAUGGUCACGGGCACAUUCUUCUGGGGUUUUUGUGUGUAGGCAUUUUUGUACAUUUUGCCACAAUUCUGUUUUAAAUCCUCCGUAUCUUAACUGUAAUACAGCUUGAAAUCCCGCUAACAA